AUGUUAAUCGGCGGUAAUGUGGUGAAUUCUAUCAAUCGACUGGAAUUGGAACGUGUACAGUCACAACUGAAGGGAGCUGAUUACAAAUUACACACAAGGAAAUCGGCGGGAUCGAAGUCGCCUCUUCAGGGUUUAAGAUACUCAGUUUCCAGCUUAGAGAACAUUUCGGGGAAUGUGGCACGUGAAGAUGUGAUUGUGAAUGUUACAAAAAGUGUACAAAAGCAUGUUAAUACAGUUCGUUCCACAACACUGAAACCUAGUAAGCGAGUAAAAGUUAAAGUCGCUCCAAAGGCUUCUUCAAAGAGUCCAGUUUCGCAACCUCAAAUUGGCCCCGAUGGUACAGGACAGUUCAUCCCACCAACACCACCGGCUAUUCUUGCGGCUAUCCUAAAUAGUAUUUUAGUUCCUACCACACCUACGAUUAGUACGACAUCAACAGAAGAACCCAGCACUACACCGAAUGGAUUUACUACAUCGACGCUGGAGCCUACUACCGUUGAUACAACUGCAACAACAUCGACCACAAUUGAUCAAACGUCAACUACCUUAUCUUCGGUUACAGACACGACAACCACCGAAGAAUCGAGUACUACGACAGAAAGUACCACGGCUGCCACUGAGAGCACUUCAACUAGUCCCGAAGGAGUGAGUACUACGUCCAUUUCUACGUCUACAGAAAUAAUCACCCCAACCACUAAUCAAGAAACAAGUACUACAACUGAAAUCACAUCUACUCCUACUCCUACUACUCCUAUUACUGAAGUGAGUACCACGACAGAAGUUAUUACAACGAGUACUACAACAGAAAGUACCACGGCUACCACUGAAAGCAUUUCAACAACUACCGAAGAAGUGAGCACUUCGAGCAUUUCGACGUCUUCAGAAAUAAUUACUCCAACACCCAAUCAAGAGACAAGUACUACAACUGAAAUCACAUCUACUCCUACUCCUACUACUCCUAUUACUAAAGUGAGUACCACGACUGAAGUUAUGACAACGAGUACUACAACAGAAAGUACCACCCCUGCCACUGAGAGCACUUCAACUAGUACCGAAGAACCGAGUACUACGACCAUUUCUACGUCUUCAGAAACAGUUACUCCAACUCAAGAGACAAGCACUACAACUGAAAUCACUUCAACAUCCACUGUUGCUAGCUCAACCACUACCGAAGAAGUGAGUACCACACCCGAAGCUGUCUCCGAUUCAACUACCACAGAUGUAACAACUACUACGACGGAAGUUACCACAACUUCAACGGCAGGACCACUUUGUGGUUUACCCUCAAACAAUUUAGCAAGCAGUCAAAUUAAUACACUGGCCGAGAUUACAAAUACCGCUGUCGUCAACGACAGUCCAUUCGGAGCAACCGGAAACCCGAUUCAAACUGCUUCGAAUCUAUUUGCAGCCACAUCGAACGGGCUUCAGGGGCUGGCAAAUCAAUUUAUCACUGCUUCUUCGAUGGCAGUAUCGCAGUUAAACGAUGCACCUGAAGACGAUGCACCUACUGGAAUAACAUCUCAGAUUCAGAACAUUGGAAAUCCAAUAGUCGAAGGACUCCCGAACGCCAAUAUCAUCCAGUGGAGCGAUACACCCGUUGUAGGAAACGCUGAAACUGCUAUACAAAACCUAGCUAACCUGCAGAACGAAGCUCCCCCUCAAGGCGUAGCACAAGACAGUAGCGUUUUAGGAUUCUUUCAACAGUUGGGUUCACAGAUCAGCAAUGGUGCUGUCAUAGAUGGGAUAGCUUCGCAAGUUCAGACCAUUACAACGCAAAUUUCCGAAGGUUUGUCGAGUGCUUCAAAUGGUGGUACAACCGAUAAGGCGAAUACCACUAAUACUACUAGCCUUGAUCAAAUAACAAUACCGCUGCAGGAUCUUACAACGCAAGUUCCCAGUGUUCUCUUGAAUGCUUCAAAUGCUAUUGUGGAUUAUGACAACAGCACCAAUAGUAACGGCUCGAGUGUCAAUGAAAUUUCGUCCCAGUUUCAGAACAUUGGAAACCAAAUAACCGAAGCAGCCACGAAUGUUAUCAAUGCCUUCCUAGGUUCUACCAGAAACUCUACCGGUAACAACACUACUGUCAGAGCAAUAACUUCACAACUACAGAACAUCAGAUCUCAAAUAUCUGAAGGGCAGGCAGCUAAUGCAACCAGUACUAUCCCCGACUCCAACAAUAGUGUGGUUAGAAUUAGCUCAAAUUCGCGGGACAUUGCAAACCAGUUGCAACCAGUUGUUUCCGAUAAUCCAACUACAAUUACUAACCCAGCCCAUAAACUGCUUGCCGAAAAUGGGACAAAACUUGAUCCAGAAACACAAAACCUGUUGAACGAACUCAGUCCAAUCGGAGCCGCUGAGUCGGUCAAAAAUUUAGUUGAAACCUUAAAUGCUAAUUCUUCCCAAGUCAAAAACCCUGUUGUGAAUCAACUGCAGAACUUCGGUUCACAACUGUUGAACAUCAAUAGUGCACUCAACUGGAAUGCUAUCAAUAAAAUACCGGUAAUUGGUGGCUGGUUUGAAACCAACAGCAAUGAGAAACCAUUACAGAUUAGUCACAGACCAACGAUUGAUUGUCCCGCAUGUGAACAGGUAUGCGGAACAAUCAACAAUGCUGCAGUCGCAUCCCGUCGAUUCCGUAUAGUAGGGGGAAAUCCAGUUCAACCACCCAACAAGUAUCCUUGGACCGUUCGCUUUCUAUACUUCAACAUCGACGCUGGUCAAGGUUCAUUGAUCAACGAUCGAGCAAUUCUCACCACGGCAUCCGUUGCAAGGGCUAUGCCACUCUACUCUCAAGCAACUGCACUCCUCAACGUGUACGAUCUCCAGUCCAAAGCGGAGGAAAGACUAACGAAACAAGUGGCGAACAUUUUCCCGCAUCCUUCGUUCAACCCGCAACAGCCAUACGACAAGAACAUUGGAAUUGUGAUCGUUGAUAGUCCCGUACCACUUUCGAAAACUCUUGUGCCGAUUUGUCUGCCUACGUCAUUCGAUUCGUACGGUGGAACUGAAGCCGUAGUUGCCGGCUGGGGAGCCAACGUUCUCGGUGGUCCGUCCUCACCAGUGCCCCAGGAGGUACCAAUUCCGCUCUACACGGACCAAGAAUGCAAAUUGGCCAACAGCAACCUAACGAACAACAAUCUCUGCGGAGGUAUUAUUAAGCCUGCCUCGGAAGCCUCCCUGAAGUCGACUUGUGAGGGUGACGACGGUGCCGGACUGAUGUCACCUUCUCGGAUCAACCCGUCACAGCUAACUCUAAUUGGCAUUACAAUUGAAGUUCCCGGUAAAGGGUGCGCUAACACCCAUCAACCAGCGACGUUUACCAACGUACAGAACUUCAUGGAUUUUAUUAUUUUUUAUGGAAUUGGAUGUGGCUGCUAG